AUCACCGUAAAAGAUAUUGAAGACUUCGAAAAGAGUUAUAAAGACUCAGAAGAAGAGCUAGCUGAUAUUAAAGCAGCGUACAUGGAUUUUGAGGGUGACAUGGACAGAAUAAUGGAGUCAGUGUUGUGUGUGGACUAUACAGAUGAACCAAGGAUACGGAAAAUCAUCGAAAAAGCCAUUGCCUCUGGAGAAGUCCCAUCCUACAAAGGUUUUGUAAAAGAGUCUAAGCAGAAAACGAUGGCAAGAAAAAGGCGGGCAGAAAAAGAAGCUAAAGAGGCAGAAAAGACUAAAGAAGAGCUGGGCCUUGGUGGAGAAGAUGACUUGAAAGCACUGAUUCAAAGCAAAAAUAAAGAUCGAAAAAAGGAAAUGGAUGACUUUUUGGCCCAACUGGAAGCAAAAUACACGAAUAAUGCUAAAAAAGGAGGAAAGAAGACUGCAGCCAAGAAAGGAAAGAAAUAA